GCUGGGCAGCGCUUCCUCAGCUGGUGGCGUUCCAUCCGUUGCGCAGACGGCGGCUCUUGAGCGGAGUGUAGCAGGGCGAAGUACAGCGGUCCCAUCUUUGCUCCGACGGCACGGACACCCUGCACCACCGCAAUGUACCGGGUGGAAUGCUCGUGGCGUCUCAGCUGACGGCAGGAGGGCGAGGAUGGUGGCAACGUGGAG